GCCGGUAAAACGCAAUUGGUUUUUGACUUUAAAAUUGCCAACUUUGUGUAAUUAUAUUCACACAGUUUCCGUUUAACAGUAUAAAUACUAAAUCAACUACUUGCAAGUUUACAAAUCUAAGAAAACCGUUUUUCUUUGCUUCACGCCUUAUAAUAUAUGUUCAGAGCAGUUCAAUUAUAACGAUGUAUAGCCACACAGUAAUCGCUACGGCCGUGUUCGCCAUCUUGACCGUUAAUUUAUGUAUUGCCGACGCGCCCACCGAAACGUUUGUUGACAAGAAUGAAGACGGCAAAGUGUAUGACGUGCUGUACGGUUUGAGCGAAAACCUAUCGGCCAUCAUGUUGGACCCAGUGGGCAGACAGACGAUCAACGUGGUCCGAGAAAACUUAGAACACGUAGCCAACGACGCGUUGGCCCACAACGCCAUCGUUGACACGCUUGACCUCGCCACUACUAUACUGACUAACCCGAACGCCAACCGGACCAUCCUCAACGCGCUGGCUAUCGUCCAGACGUUGGCCACCAAUCCAGAAUUCCACAAGAUGGUAGUUGAGUUCGGCAAAGGACUUGUGGACAUCAUGUCCAUGAGGAACAUCGGGGCCGUGACGGACGUUGUUCUGGACCAUAUGGAGUCGAUGCUCGGCAGGCAAAACUUCGAGAAAGACUUCCCGGCGUUCGUACAAACUAUGGCGGGCAUGUUGAACACGCGCAAAAACGGCGCCGCGUCCGCAAUCACCGGCGGCAUCACCGGCCGGGCCUCCGCGGUAGCCAACGGCUUAACCGGCGGGUUUAAGCGCAUGGCGUCCUUUGGCGGCAGAUUCAGAAGCGUUUAUUAAUUAAUGAUUGUUAUUAAAUAAUUUGUCACUUUUCUGUCAUUCAGCCAUUUAAUAAACUGUCGAAAAUAAUUUUUCAUAAUAAAAUUAAUGUAAUUUUUGUAAA